AGCAGACGUGAUGCAAAAAAGCUUCAGUCUGCUUUCACGAUAAAAUUCGAUUUUGUUUUUGGCUUUCUUCGCUUGCAAAGAAAGUAGAGCAUGAAGACACGUUGUAAGUUGUGUGUCGAUGAUACGAGCUUCGCGGUCCUGCCGAUUCAUGUGUGUGACAGUCGGCCUCAACUGGAUGUGGAUCGUCGAUCAUCAUCCAAGCCAGCUGUACACAUAGCUUCGAUCAUAUGCACCCGCAGGAAUUUUUCUUCGAGGAAGGGGGUCUGUCUCCAAAACUAGGGUAAAGUGAGCCAAGAUGGGGCCGAAAACUGAUCCCGAACUCGUGGCUCUUAGGAAGGAGAUCGAAGAGCUUUAUAAAAAAUUACAGGAGGCACAAAAGAAGCAAGAAGAUACCACCCUAGACAAAGAUUGUGAAAGCGUAGCUCCGGCUCCAAAAGUCAAACUGAUCACUAGAAAACUCAUGAAAGGGCAUUUGAACAAAGUGAAUUCAGUUCACUACAGCGGCGAUAACCGACACUGUGUGACGGGUUCUCUAGACGGAAAGCUUAUCAUCUGGGAUACUUACACAGGCAACAAAAUGCAGAUCAUACCCUUGAGGUCUGCAUGGGUUAUGAGUGUGGCGUUUGCACCUUCAGGAAAUUUUGUUGCUUGUGGAGGAAUGGACAACAUGUGCACCGUAUACGAUCUAAAUAACAGAGAUGCAAAUGGAGUGGCAAAAAUGGUGAGAGAGCUUGCUGGAUAUGACGGAUUUUUGAGCUCUUGCAGGUUCAUAGAUGAUACAACUGUUAUAACCGGAUCAGGUGAUAUGAAAAUUUGUAAAUGGGACUUGGAGAGGGGCAUAAAGACUUCGGACUUCCAAGGUCACAAUGGCGAUGUAGUUUCUAUAAGUUUAGGACCUGAUAUGAAUAGUUACGUUACAGGUAGUGUAGAUAAAACAUGCAGGUUGUGGGAUAUGAGAGACGAGAAACCUAAGCAGACAUUUUUUGGGCAUCAGGCUGAUGUUAAUUCAGUAUGCUUUCAUCCAAGUGGCUAUGGUUUCGCCACUGGCUCAGAAGAUAAGUCCGCUAGACUGUUUGACAUCAGAAGCGAUCAGCAAAUUGCCCUGUAUAAGCCUCCAAGUGCUAAUAGUGGAUUCACAUCAUGUGGCUUGUCCUUGAGCGGAAGGAUACUUCUAUGUGGAUCAGAUGAUAAUAAUGUUCACAUGUGGGAUACUUUGAAAAUUCAGCAUAAUGGGACUUUGGCAGGACACGAAAACCGAGUGACUUCGUUAUCUGUAGCUAGCAAUGGAGUGGCUAUAGCGACCUGCAGUUGGGACAAUUCUGUGCGCGUGUGGGGUUAAGCAAUUUUAGCUAAAAUUGGUUGAAAGAUGAGAAUACUGAAAAAAGCUGCCAACUAAUUGCUGCUCCUACUUUCUCGAUAAACUGACAUAAGAUGCGUCGCAAGAUUAGUAUCCUCUAUAAAGCAAAGUCAUUACGUUACUUUGGGGCACCUACCUAGUUCUGAACAGCUCAACGGUACAACAUAGUGACGCUAUUCUCACGUAUUAUGUGGACAGUUUCGGGAUUAUUAAAAAUGUUUAGUUAUACCAGAAUGUUAUUGUUAAGAAUUUUAUGAUUGAAAUGAAUUUAUUAAGUGCUACUAUAGUUGUAUAAAAACGUUAUUUUUACUACUAUGUUAUAAUUGGUUGUUACGGUAGAUUGUCACUUUACUACAUAAGCGACUGACUGGCUUGUGCCAUGUAUUUUUCCAAAAAAUCUGUUCUAUACAUGUUCUGAUUAUAGUGGUACCAGACCACCAACUGCUAAUCAUCUAAUUUUAGGGCGAAUUGUUGGUACCAUUUCAACAAUACGUUAUAUCAUUUGUAUCAAUGCAUUAUACCUAAACGAUAAAAAAAUAUUUAUUUAAAUAAUGUGUUUCUGUUGACUUUUUUUGCAGGGAAAUAAUAUCUAAUAUUUAUGUAAUUAAGUUAUACUUGAGUAUAGUGAAUUUAUUAUUUAUUUAACAGAAAUUGCGACGAGAGCGCCUGCAAGAACAUUCACCAUAAUAUUGAACGAUAAGUGAUAGUUUAGACUAGGCGAAAGUGCGAGUAACUUUUUAACAUGCUAUACAGCGUGAUUCACAAGUCGCGACCAAAAAUGAAACAUCAUAUACAGGACCGCAUUUUAAGGGGGUCUUCUAUGUAAAAAGAUACGGGGG